AUGGUCUGCAAAGGUCGGUUAAAACGGCUGACCACACCCGCUGCUGAAUACCUUCAACAUACACCGAUUUCAACUCGCGCCGUCAACGUUGUGGACGAUGGAGGUAGAUCAUCCCCUCAAAUUCCUGCAAUAGCAUCAUUUCGCAAUCCAAAGAUUUGGCUUUCGGCGUUCUUUUCGAAAAAGUUCCGUCGCGACCCCGCUGAAUUGGAUGACCAUUCGGGGAUUGAUGUUGCUGUGAAGGUGAGUUUACUGAUGCUUUCGAAAUUUCAGUGA